GUGACAAACGAGACAGCGACCGCGACACAAUGAGAAAAAGACAGUCACAGAUGACACAGUGACGACGACGACGACGAGGGUCGCCAUGGAUACGAACAACGGCGGCAAAGACGAGCUCCCGGACCAAUCAAAAGCCUCCAAAAAAGGCAGGUCAUGCAAAGGAACACUCUAUUAUUCCUCCGCCCUCAAAUCUAAGGCUUACAAUCCUCUCUGCGUCGGCAUUCCUCGCGCCAUCCCCGAAGUGCCUCAGUUAAUAGUUGCAGAAACUGAAAUGAAAGCUUCUAAAGAUGAUCGACAUCUUACUGAAUUUCGUUAUGCUUGUGCUGGUUACUCUCUGUAUUUGGAUCGAAUUACGAAAGACCAUUCCGAGGAACAACCAGAAUUGCCCGUUUGCUACGGUCUCAAGCUUCUGGUUGGCAAAAGAAUGGUUCAAAAGACACCUGCUGCCGCUCCUGUUUCUGCCCAUGUCCAUCACAAACGGGAUGAUCAUGAAGUCCCUCAGACUCAGAGGCAGCAACCGACUCAGUCAGCCGGAAGUCUCUUCUUCAACAGGUUUACAAGAAACGCAGAUCUUGUUGCAUCAGGGGUGACUAAGAACAUACGUAAAGUUGGGAAGUACGUAAAAGGAAGUAUCUACAAGUUUCUAUACUCGUACAGAGGGCGACCAAGAUUGCUUGUUGAAAAAACCAGACGAAUGAACAAAUAACUCGAGAAGCAGGAUUCAGUUUGAUUCCAUAUCUGCUAUAUUCGUCUUCGAGUCAGGUUGAUUCCAUAUUUGCUACAUGACAAUCGUUUACAGUACUUUUACGUUAGGAUUCUUGUAUAUAACCCUUGUAGAUAACUUUCCCAUCGUAGAACUGGUCGCGUGACUAACAUGUGAGCGUAUUAGUGUAAGAGAAGUGUUAUAUUGAUCGGUUGUAUACAAGAUUUUCCUAGUUCA